GUUAAAAAGAGAAAACGAGAAAAACUGCAUAUAAAAAAGGUUUUUCUUCGUUUUUAAUAAAAUAUUUCGAUAUUUUAUUACAACUAAAUAUUUGCAUUACAAAUUUCAUUGUUUAUACUUUUCAUAUACAUUUGUAGAACGUAGUUUUGUUAAAAAUUAACGCGAAUAAAAAGUGAUUAUUAAAUUUGUAGAAAACUGCUCGCAUUACUUUUCAGUGGGGCUGAGUAGUAGAAAAGAAGUUGAAAGAAAACAUGAAGAUGGCUGACGGCACAACCAUUGUACGUAGAAAUAGACCAGGAACUAAGGCGAAGGACUUUUGUCGUUGGCCCGAUGAGCCCUUAGAGGAAAUGGACAGCACAUUGGCUGUACAACAGUAUAUACAGCAAUUGAUUAAAAGGGAUCCCUCAAAUGUGGAACUUAUAUUAACUAUGCCAGAGGCUCAAGAUGAGGGUGUUUGGAAGUAUGAACAUUUAAGACAAUUUUGCAUGGAAUUAAAUGGUCUUGCUGUACGUUUGCAAAAACAAUGUUCUCCCUCUACUUGCACCCAAAUGACUGCCACCGAUCAAUGGAUAUUUUUAUGUGCUGCUCAUAAAACACCAAAAGAAUGUCCUGCCAUUGAUUAUACCCGUCAUACAUUAGAUGGCGCAGCUUGUCUACUCAAUAGCAAUAAAUAUUUUCCAAGUCGAGUUUCAAUAAAAGAAUCCUCGGUAACUAAAUUGGGUUCGGUGUGUCGUCGUGUCUAUAGAAUUUUUUCUCAUGCUUAUUUUCAUCAUCGGCGUAUAUUUGAUGAAUUCGAAGCAGAGACUUAUCUCUGUCAUCGGUUUACACAUUUCGUAACAAAAUACAAUCUCAUGUCAAAGGAAAAUCUAAUUGUACCCAUCAAUGAAGAGGCUGAAAAUGCAGCGCCUGGCGAAAGCGAAGCCUAAAAAUAAUUCGAAUAUUUUUUGGAAUAAUUUCAAUAUAAAAAAACAAACAACAAAAUUAAACAGCUUAAAGGAUAAAAACAAUAAUAGAAAGGUAAAUUAUAUGAAGCGCUGGAGCGCCUUAAGCAACAGUUGAAAAAAAAAAAAAAAACAAAGAAAAACAAAAACACUGCAAAUGAAAUGUAGAAGUAUUUAUUAAUGAAAAGAAAAUCACACUAUACAACACACAAAUCUACAAAAUAAAAUCAUUGUAAGAGAUUCAUAAAUUAAAUAAAAUAAAUAAUAAACACCAACCAAUAUAAAAAAACAAACUCUCUCCCCUAUUAUUAAAACUAUUAUAUAAACAUAAAAAUUGCAAAAAAAAAAGAAAAACAUCAAGUAAUCAAGUGUAUUUAAAAACACACAAAAAGGAAAGGGAAUCGUCGUCAUAUAGAGCGCUAAAAAGAACUCAAUAUAUUUAAUUAAAAUAAUUUCACAACUAAUAAACCAAUAAACAAUUCCUUUAUAAUAAAACUCUAAUAAUAAAGUAAAAAAUAAAAAAAAAAAAUAAAUUAUAUAAAAAAAUAAUUGAAAAAAAAUUAAAUAUUUAUUUCAUCCCCAUGCCAUUUCAAUAGUUAGUUCUUUACUAAGUCAAAAAAAUUUUUCAUUUCAUUCUUUAUAUUUCUAGUAAUAUGUACAAAACAUAUUCAAUUUUUAUGAAAAACAUCAAAAUUCUCUUUAAAUUUGACAAUUUUAAAACUAACGCUUUUUUUUUAAAUGCAAUUUAGUAUAUUUCAUUAUCUUUUUUAAGAGUAUAGAGUAUAAAUAUAUAAUUUAAUUAUAUAAAUUUCAUUAAUCCCAAUCACAUAUAAUAUUGUAAAAUCUCAUAAUUAACAUCCCCCCCGUAUAAUUAUUUGGAAGAAAAAACUUAAGAACAAAUUACAAAAUUUGACAAACAUUUAAAACAAACUGUAUGCUAAAAUAAAAUUAAAAAAAACAACAACAACAAAAA